UUCUACCUUCUCACAAACAACACAUUACUGAUCCUUACGUUUUUGUGCAUUUUUUUCCUAUCGUUUGAAGUCGCCGUAUUUCAAGGCGCAUUUUCUUUUCAUCGCCUUUUCGUACCUCAAAAGCAAACAACGAAACUAGAUCACCUUCAAGGACUCGUACUGUAGGUUGAUUUCAACGAGGCAAACGGCCAAAAUCCUGGCAAUCAACACCACGCCUUCAAAUCACACGAUCACAUCUUCUUCUACCGCUACCAUGUCCGUUGAUGGGGCUCUUCCAGUUCCCGUGGCACGAAUCCGACCACCUCGUCAUCGUCGUGGUGGACGAGGAGGUAAUAGAGGCAGAAGUGGUUCCGCAAGCAUCUCUAGCCCCGCGCAACAAGAACCAAAUGCUUCGCUAGCAUUACGACCAGCUUCCAUAGCACCAGAGUCAGCUCCUUCCAGACCUGCAAAUACAAACUCGAAUAGGGGGACCAAUCGUGGUAGAAGAGGAGGUCCUUUUAGAGGCGGCAGAAGAGGAGGAGCACAACCAAUGGUUAAUGGUCAGAGAGCGUUUGGGGGACAGCUUAGCUCAAAUAUUCCAGCAGAAGCCGAAGGAACAUUAGCUGCGGAUGCGCCAGUUUUUGUGCCAGGUCAACCAGUCGUUCCGAGAGCUAGAAGACCACAAGCUCCCCGACCUAGGCGAAUGUCCAAAUCACAAGCUCCCGAUCUCCCUACUAGAAUACACGAGGAUAUCACAAAUCGGCAGCACGACUGUUCGAUUUGUUUCAACGAUGUUUUACCCAAUUCCAAAAUUUGGGGUUGUAAAACUUGCUGGGCUGUUUUGCAUUUAUCUUGUGUAACGAAAUGGGCACGCGAUCAGGGUUCUACUCUUCAACAACGACCUGCCGAGAAUGGAGAACUACCGCCACCAAGGCAAUGGCGUUGUCCGGCUUGCAAUUUACCAAAACAAGAAAUGCCAACUACCUACACUUGCUGGUGUGCAAAAGAGAUAGAACCUCGUCCCUUGCCUGGCUUACCACCUCACUCUUGUGGACAGACUUGCUCAAAACCCAGGGUGGGACAUUGUCCACAUCCAUGUGAACUUGUAUGUCAUGCUGGACCUUGUCCGCCUUGUGGACAUAUGGGUCCCACUUUACCAUGUUUUUGCGGAAAGGAGACUUCAAGUAGGCGUUGCUUGGAUACGAAUUAUGACAGUGGAUGGAGUUGUGGGCAAAUUUGUGACGAUGUCCUUCCGUGUGGGGAACAUAACUGCCAGAGAGGUUGCCAUGAAGGUUUAUGUGGAAGCUGUGAAGUUCCAAUAGAAUCACGAUGCUUCUGUGGUAGAAAAAAAAGAGUCUUGCCUUGCUUCGAGCGAGAAGAUGAACGAGAGAGUCAAUUGAAUGGUGAGACUUGGCUGAGUUCUUUCAAUUGCGGCUCUGAAUGCGAACGGCCUUACGAUUGUGGAGAGCAUUUCUGUGAGAGCACAUGUCACGUUCAAGAUUUAUCGCCAGCCCACUGCCCAUACUCACCGGACGUCAUCAAAAACUGUCCUUGCGGAAAAACUCCUCUGACUAAUCUUCUCGAGCAACCUCGAGAGACUUGUUCUGCUCCCAUUCCUCGUUGCAAGGAAAUUUGUCACAAAGAGCUCGCUUGUGGACACCUUUGCCGAGAUGUAUGCCAUAGCGGCGAGUGCAGUCCUUGUUUUCAAACUACAGAAAUCAAUUGCCGAUGUGGAAGGACAACUUCCAACACCUUCUGUCACCAAGGCAUGGCAGAGCCCCCAAUGUGUAUGCGAGUGGACAAAACUACAUUGAAUUGUGGUCGUCAUGAAUGUGGUGAGCACUGUUGUCCUGGAGAGAAAAAAGCUCGCGAACGCAUAGGCACUCGAAAACGUCAAAAUGGGCUCGGGCCUGGAAAUUUUGAAGCUGAGCAUAUUUGCUUGAGGACCUGUGAGCGACCUCUGAAGUGCGGUAAUCACCCUUGUCCGGAGUUGUGCCAUAAGGGAUCUUGUAAUACUUGCCUCGAAGCGAUUUUUGAUGAGAUCAGUUGUGCCUGUGGAAAAACAGUCCUACAGCCUCCACAGCCAUGUGGAACUCAACCUCCGGAAUGCCGGUUCAAUUGUACUCGAGCGCGGACUUGCGGUCAUAAGCAAAUCAAGCAUCAAUGCCACGAAGAUGCUGAAGAGUGUCCUAAAUGCCCAUACUUGGUCGAAAAGCCUUGUGUUUGCGGCAAAAAGACAUUGAAAACCCAACCUUGCUGGUUUAGCGAGGUCCGAUGUGGUCUGCCUUGUGGCAAGAAGCUGAAAUGCGGAAACCAUUUUUGUCAGAAGACAUGCCAUCGAGGUGGGCAGUGUGAGGAUGCUACAUCGCCUUGUACCCAAGCUUGUGGUCGCAAGAAAACGGUAUGCGAGCAUUCUUGUUCAGACCCGUGCCAUGCUCCCUAUCCAUGCAAGGAAACAACGCCUUGCCAAGCAAAGACAUUUGUCACUUGCGAAUGCCAAAAUCAAAAGCAGGCCGUCAAGUGCCUGGCAUCUAAAACCAACGAUGGGAACUCCAAAAAGACUUUGGAUUGCAAUGAUGAAUGCCUCAAGCUUCAACGUAAUGCUAAGCUUGCAGCGGCGCUAAAUAUUGAUCCUGCAACGCAUUUGGACGAUCAUAUCCCUUAUUCUCAAACGACACUUGAUAUCUUCAAGGAUUCUCCAAAGUUUUGUCAGCAAUAUGAGAGGGAAUUUAGGGUCUUUGCGGUCGAUGAGAACGAGAAGCGAAUGCGAUUCAAGCCGAUGCAGUCAAAUCAGCGUGCGUUUUUACAUGCCUUGGCUGAAGAUUUUGGUCUUGAUAGUGAAAGCCAGGAUCCUGAACCACAUCGACAUGUAAGCAAUCUUUUUCCUUCCAUUCUUUGAAUCCAUCAUUGGAUGAUCCGGAUUGUUGUUGUUUUGUGAUUGAAUGGUACACUCGUUGAAACAUUCCAUCUCACGUUGUACUAUUAGUCAUAUUUCACAUCUUUUGGAGCCAUUCUUUUCAAGUAGAGGGUCACGUACUAAUAUUUUUCUCAAUAGGUUUCCAUCUUCAAAACACCCAGAUUCGUAUCAGCACCCAUGAAAACACUUUCCCAAUGUAUCAAACUACGCCCUGCACCCGUCGCCGCGGAACCAACUAGUCUAGUAAAAUCCUUAGUAGCAAACGCUGAACCCUACAACGCCUUUCUUGUUCUAGCCCCCCGUUUCGGUCUCACCAUCGAUGAGCUUCAUACUGAUAUCCAGCCCGAACUGGCAUUAGCUGGUUUCACUGCCUCUGAAAUCUCUUUCCUUCCUUCAGGCGAUAUCGUCAUCAAACCCCUCCUCGCAACCUUCACUCCUAGUCAAAAACUCGAGAAAGAUCUCUCAGGUAUCAAAGGCGCGGUCAGUAAGAAAAUUUCCAGUCUUGGAUUUGGAGCGGGGAGUACGCUUUGCGCGGUGGAUGGAAGUUUGAAUGUUCUUAGACGGGAGGACGAAAGUGAGUCUGGGAAAGGGGGGUGGAGUCAGGUUGCCAAAGGGACGAUGAGGAAGACGGCGCCGGUGGUGAGGGAUGUUGGUGUGAGAAGUAGUUUUACGGUCCUGGGCAAUAAGGGGAUGGGUGGGAGUGUGGGGAAUAGUAAGAAAAGUGUGAAGAAGAUUAAGAAGGAGGUUCAAGGCGAGGCGGUGGAUGACUGGGAGGAGGCUGUUGAGGGGUGGGAUGAAUGACUUUUAUUUUCGACCUGGAAGAAUGAAUGAAUUGAGCGAGAGAAUAUCAAGGUCAUGUGACACGAUCAAGUAAAAUGCCCUCCAACCCUAACGCUACCCAACACCACUAAACACACAACAACCACCGCAACCUCACAACUCAUCUCAAACGCAUCUUCAAACUCCCUCUUCAUCAUCCUCCUCUGCUUCGUAUCCUACUACCACUCCCCCCUCCCCCUCUCCUAUCGCCUCACCCCCCAUCCCACGCCCUUACUCGGGUCCAUCUAAUCACUCACACCAAGCACCCUCCUAAGAUCCACAAUUCUUCUGACACUUAUCACUACAAUAACCCGCGGGACAGUCUCCAGGAAACCCGGGAUCGGCGCAGGCAUUCGCGCAGGUCGCGCAGCAGUUGGGAUCUGAGGGGUUCGUCGCGAGGAUGGGUGGUGUGAGGAGGAGGGUUAGGAGGGUGAGGGUGAGUGUGAAGUUCACGUUGAUUUUUUGACAAGGGAGGUGUGGUGGGGUGUGUUGUGGUAAUUGUAGGAUGUGGAUAGGGUAUGUGGGGGUUGUUUGGUAGUUGUGAGGACUUGUUGCUAGAGGGUUGUUUUUGUUGUAUGGGGUACUAGAGUACGUGAGGUUUUAAGAGUAGGAAAGGCUGGAGAGGCAGUUAUAUACCUAGUUCUCUGACAGGAGACAGGGAUUGCUUUACUUGUCUGGGAGCAAAGGUUUUUACUGAGUAAGUACUUACAGUAGAGGUAGGUAGGUAGGUAAGGUCUUACUUCGUACCUUUGUACUUGAGCACAGGCACGCAUAAAGUAUACUUACGUAAUAAAGCGUCAAGUUCGUCCCAGACGUAACAAAAGUUAAGUUUACGAGGGGUGUUCAGUUGAAUAC